CGGAAGGGGCCGGCGCGGGCCCCGCCCACUCGGCGCGCCCCGGACGGCCAGGAUUCCCACCCGCUCCCGCCAUGAACGUGGACCUGCAGUGCGAGCAGCUGAGCGACGCCCGCUGGGCCGAACUCCUGCCCUCCCUCCGCCAGGCCUCCGUCGUCAGGCUGGACGACUGCAGCCUCUCGGCGGCCAAGUGCGAGGCCCUGGGCGCGGCCCUGCUCGGCAACGCGGCCCUGACGGAGCUGACCCUGCGCAACAACGAGCUGGGGGACGCGGGGGUCCGACACGUGCUGCGCGCCCUGCAGGGCCCCCACUGCGGCCUCCGCAAGCUCAGCCUGCAGAACUGCUGCUUCACGGAGGCGGCCUGCGCCGAGCUGCCCGCCGUCCUGCGCUCGCCGGCCCUGUCGGACCUGCAGCUGAGCGACAACCCCCUGGGCGACGCCGGCCUCGACCUGCUGUGCCAGGGCCUGCUGGACCCCAAGUGCGGCCUGCGGACGCUGCAGCUGGAGUAUUGCGAGCUGAGCCCGGCCAGCUGCGAGUCCCUGGCCGCCGUGCUGCGGACCGGCCCGGCCCUCGAGGAGCUGACGGUCAGCAACAACGAGCUGGGCGAGGACGGCGUCCGGGCCCUCUGCCGGGGCCUGCUGGACCCCCGCUGCAACCUGCACACCCUCAAGCUGGAGGGCUGCGGGGUGACGGGGGCCUGCUGCCGGGAGCUGAGCGGCGUCGUCCAGCACAAGGAGAGCCUGCGAGACCUCUGCCUCGGGGAGAACAAGCUGGGGGAUGCGGGCGCUGCCCAGCUGUGCCAGGCCGUCCUCAGCCCCAGCUGCCAACUGCGGGCCCUCUGGCUGUGGGAGUGCGACCUGUCGGCGGAGAGCUGCGGCCCCCUGAGCCAGGUGCUGAAGGCCAAGGAGACGCUGAGGGAGCUGUGCCUGGUGGGCAACGAGCUGGGAGAUGCCGGCCUCGAGCUUCUCUGCCAGGGCCUGCUGGACCCCAACUGCAAGCUCGAGUCCCUCUGGGUGAGGACGUGCGGUUUGACGGGGGGCUGCUGCGGGCCCUUGGUGUCCAUGCUGAGCAAGAACAAGCGUCUGCGGGAGCUGCAGCUGAGCGGGAACCCGCUGGAGGACACCGGUGCCCAGCAGCUGUGCCAGGCCCUGCUGCUGCCCGACUGCCCCAUCCAGACCCUGCUGCUGGGCAACUGCGAGCUGUCGGACGCCUGCUGUGCCACCCUGGCCUCCGUCCUGCUGGUCAACCGCUCGCUCAAGGAGCUCGAUCUCAGCAACAACAUCAUGGGCGACCCUGGCAUCAAGGAGCUGGUCGCCAGCCUCAAGCAGCCCGACUGCCGGCUCCAGCAGAUCGUCCUCUACGACAUUUACUGGACGGACGAGGUGGAGGAUGAGCUGAAGGCCUUGAAGGAGAGCAAGCCUGCCCUCAGGAUCGUUUCCUGAGACGCCGAGGACCCGACGCCCCCCGCUCCAGACCCCCUCUGCCGCCCCCGACCCCAAACCCGCCCGUCCGUAACGGUUCGUACCCCAAAGAUGCGCCCCCGGCCCCCGCUGCCUCCUAACCAGCAGCCCCCCGCCUUCCCUCCCAAAGACCCAGGCCCGGAGGGGCAUCGCCCGCCGACUGGAGACAGAUCAGACGCGGCCCCGAGGAGGAAACUGGAUCAGAGAUUUCAUACUUUUUGUCUAGAGAGAAAUAAACCUUUGACCCCGUCUAUUUCCGCAAAAGAAAGUUUAUACUUUAAUAAAAGCGAUUUUUGCAAAGAG